ACGUGUGUUUUGAAAAGGACUACAUUGGUGGAACAGGGAGGGGGCAUUGUUGUUUUUAACACGUUUUAGAACCGGAUCUAAUUUAAGGUCGCGCUAAUGUAACCAUGAGUUGUUUUAGUGUUGUUGUUAUUUUAAUCUGAUCGAUGACAACAUUCAUUUUUAGUAACGUUAGCGAUCGGUUUCGCCUAGAUAUCUGCUCCUACCUGUACUGCGGAGAGAAGCCCCGGCUUUCGGAGUUUUAGUGUUUUUCCAUUGCUGAGAUUACAAGACGUCGGCUGGGCAGAGAGCGAUAUUGCACUCGCCACUUAAUCCACUUUUACUUGGACAGAGGAGUCUUUCAGCAUGGUGUUCUUCACAUGCAACGCUUGUGGCGAAUCCCUGAAAAAAAAUCAGGUGGAUAAACACGUGGUCAUGUGCCGGGGCUGCCAGGUUCUCUCUUGCAUCGACUGUGGAAAAGAUUUCUGGGGCGACGACUACAAAAAUCACAUCAAAUGCAUCAGCGAAGACCAGAAGUAUGGGGGUAAAGGCUAUGAGGCGAAAGCGGUCAAAGGGGAUUUGAAACAGCAACAAUGGCUCGAGAAAAUCCACAAAGCCAUGAACAAACCUGGAGUAAGCGCACAGCUAAAAGCUGUGCUCAAGCAAGUCAGUGCAUAUGACAAUGUCCCAAGAAAAAAGGCCAAAUUUGAGAAUUGGAUGGGAAACAGUCUGAGGAUUACCAACUCAAGACUGCAUGAAGAUGUGUGGAGCAUCCUCAAUUCAGACAUUCCCUCUGCUGUACCCCAGGGAAAAAAAGAAGUGAAAGAGACGUCGGCUGAAGUUGAAGUGGAUAGUACUACUAAAGAAAUGCAGAAUGGCCACACGGACACAAAGAAGAAGCAUAAACAGAAAGAGCGCAAAGAAGCCCACCAGCAGACAAAUGGGAAAAUUGAAAGAAAAUCAAAAAAGACGGAAAUGGCAGUCGUCGAGGAAGAGAAGCUAGCCAAAAAGAAAAAAAAGGACAGAAAGAGGUUGCGGGUUUGCGAAGAAGAUGAGAAUGAAGACCAAAAUGGUGCUUUUGAGCAAACAUCCAAAAAGAAGAUGAAAACGGACCAAAUAUCAGAGGCUGGUGUAUCCGAGCAAAGUGAGGAUCUCGCAGUUGCCAGAGGCAAUUUCAAAUGGAAAGAAACUAUCAAAGCAGUGUUGAGAACUUCACCUGACCAGGAAUUGCCCGUGAAGAAACUCAGAAAGAAGGUUUUGGCUGCCUACUUCUCCGCUACUGGUGAUGCGAAUUUCAAGACAAAGGAGGAGGUCUUUGCACUUUUCAAUCAGAAGAUCAAUCACAAUCCCAAGUUUAGAGUUUUGAAGGACAGAGUUAGACUUGUACAGUAAAUUAAUCAAACUCAGUCCACGUCGAUCAGCAUGGUAGUUUCAAAUUAUUGCCAUUAUUCACUGUUCUGUUUUUCAUAUAGAAAAAAUCUUGAUAAUAAAACCAUUUGUCAUUUU